AUGAUGUCUUCUUCACUCCUCCUCAUCGCUCCUCCAAAAUCAAUCCCCCCAUCAUCCCUCCCUCAUCCGCUCAUCUUCUCCAUCAAACCCCCAACAAACCCUUUAAUCACAACAGAAACAACGAGAAAACCUCCUCGUCCUCUCACCGUAGCCUCUCCUCCCGCCCCAAAAUCGUCGCGCGCCCUCCUGGACCGCCGCUCCGCCCACAACCGCCUCCGCUUCGUCCGCAAGCUGACCACCCUCCUCCUAUCCAAACCCCACUUCCUCCCCCUCCGCCUCCUCCACGCCGCCUCCCCCUCCUCCUCGUCCGCCUCCCGCCUCCUCUCCGUCUCCCUCGCCCCCGCCGCCUCUCCCUGCUUCUCCCGCACUCACGACCUCCUCCGUCAAGCUGCAGAAGCUUCUCAUGCUCUCCUCUCACCCGCGCUUCUCCUCUCCAAGCUCGUCCACCGCCCCGACCUGGGACUCCCAGCUAACUUUCGCUCCGCAUUUGCAAUUCGCACCCCGACCUCUUUCGAGCCGGUCGAUACAUCCUACGGCCGCGCCCUCGAGCUCGUCUCCUGCGACCCCAACCUCGCCGCCGUGAUGCCCACCCCGUCGACGUUGGCAUCAGACCGGCCCAUAAUUGACCGGCCCCCUAAAUUCAAGAAGGUGAAACUGAGAAGGGGGCUCAAUGUGAAACGGCGGCAUUUGGAUUAUUUGAUUAGAUUUCAGGAAUUGCCGGAGAUUAAUCCGUAUGUGAGGAAACUGGAGGGGGGAAUGAGUGUGGAGGAGAAGGAGAGGAGGGCGUGUGCGUUGGUUAGGGAGUUGCUGGGGAUGACCGUGGAGAAGAGGACGCUUGUGGAUCAUUUGACGCAUUUUAGGAAGGAGUUUGGUUUGCCGAAUAAGCUGAGGGCGAUGCUGAUAAGACAUCCGGAGAUGUUUUAUGUUAGCGUUAAGGGAGAGAGGGAUUCGGUGUUCUUGGUGGAGGCUUAUGAUGAUGGAGGGAAGUUGAUGGUUGAGGAUGAAAUGGUCAGGGUGAAGGAGGAGCUGGAGGAGAGGAGGAUGAGGAGGGCGAGGAGGAGAGGACUUGAUUCUAUUAAUGAAGAUAAGGAUGAGGAUGACGGAGAAGCAGAGGAAGAGGAGUAUUUGGACGAAGGCGAUGAGCUUGGAGCGCUGCUUGAUUCAGGGAUUGGCAAUGAUUGGGAGGAUUUGGGUGAUGGUGGAGGUGAUCUUGGCGAUGAAGAUGGGAAAGAGAUUAUGGAGUUUUGGAGUCUGAAGGGAGCAAAUAAGAGAAGUUGGAGUGAAGAUGGAGAAGGGAGGUUAGAGGUUUGGUAAGACUAGUAAGAUACCACUAGUUGUCUGUAGAGUGUUCUCAGAGGGUAUAUUUUUGCAUGAAUUUUGAUGCCUUUGUGUAUAAGAAGGAAGAAGCUGUGGAUAAAAUGGAAUUGAGUAACAUAACAUGAUUCCGCAAUGAUAUCUUUGAAGCGGUAUGAACAAGAGGAGUAUUAUGACGAGGGUGAUGGGGUGGGAGCUUUGUUUGAAGGCGGGGAUUGGUAACGAUUGGGAGGAUUUUGGUGAUGGUGAAGGUGAUUGUGAUAGUGAAGAGGAAAAAGAGAUUUAUGGAGUCUAAACGGAGCAAAUGAGAGAAGUGGGAGUGAAGGUGAAGAAGAGAGGUUAGAAGUUUGGCAGAAAUAGAGUAUACCUCUAGGUAUUUGUAGCGUGUUCUCUAUGGCAUGUUUUUUUUCUAGUGCUUUGAUGCUUUUGUGUAUGCAAGAACAGAAGUUGUUGAUAAAUGGGGAUUAAGUGAUAAAUAUAUUGUAGAACAUGAAUUCCACAAUGCAA